AUGCCUGGGCGCUCCAGACCCGCACCGCUCCCUGGCUGCUCGGCCGGCUCCCCGCCUUGGUGCCUCGGCGGCUUGGUGCAGCCUUUCCCGCUAGUCCUGCGGCCGCGGCUCGGCGCUGCUGCCCAGCCGCCGGGGCUCUGGGUGCGGGACUGCCCAGCGCCCUCCCGUGCCAGGCCCGGCGGCUUCGGGGGCAGCGCCCGGGCGUUUAUAAUCCACAAGCAGGGGGAGCCGCCGGCCCUCUCCCCCUGGGCAGCUGCCGGGCGCGGAGUCCUCUUCGUGCCCCUCAGCGGGGGCCCCGAGCCAGCUCGGGGAGACCCACUGCCCCGCCGCGGCUUCCCCGGCAGGGCUCCCCUCCGACCCCCCGCCCGCAGGAGGGGGCAGCCGCAGCGACACCCCCUGCCCGCGGCCAAGCCCCCGCUGCCCCCGGCGGCCGGGCCGGCUCCGCGCAGCUCACCCAGGAGGACUAAGCCCCGCCAGCGGCCCCCCGCGCACGGCAGCCCCCUGCUCGGCCCCGCCUGCCCCCGGCUCUCCCCGGGUCCCCGCUCCCCGCGGCGGGCGCAGCCCCCGGGCCCCUCGGCUCCCCGCUCCCCCCGGCCGAGGGGGAACAAAGGGAGAAGGAGAAGCAGCAGCAGUAGCAGCCGCCCCCGGCGGCUCGGUCCCGGCAGCGGCGACGGCGGCUCAGCCAUGUUCCCCCCGGCCCCCUCCCCGCCCCUGGGCGCCCGGCCCUAG